GAGAGACAAACACGAGUUGAGUUUGUUUGUGUAAUGUGCAGUGCACGCAAUUUGUAAUUCUCAGCUUGUUAUCAGUUUUUCGUGCAAAUCUCCAAUUUAAAACGAAUUAUCUCGAUCAAUUAACAUUUUUAAACAAUCGCAUUGUUUAUUUUAAUUGUUUAUUAAGUAUUCUAAGUAAUUUGUUGGCAAGAAACGAUCUAACCACGGUCACAGUUCGGCGGCGCGUGAACCGUGAACAAAGCAAAAGCAACAAGUGUGUCUCGUCUUCGAUCGAUUUCUCGUUCGCAUUUUGCAAAACUAAAAUUAAACUUUAAUAAUAUUUGGUUUUGCUGCAUUGCAUUAAUCAAUUAGAAUCGAAAUUAUACAAGGAUUCUUUUUGUGUUCUUCUCAUCUUUAUCACUAAAUGUCGAUUGUCUUGACUAAAAACAAACAUGGGUGCAUGCCUUACACUAGAACGUGAUGAAGACAUUGUAGCGAGGAAACGAAGCAAGGAGAUUGACCGGCAGCUUGAAGCAUCCGAAAAACAAAGACCAAAGGUUCUGAAAAUUUUGCUAUUGGGAGCUGGCGAAAGUGGAAAAAGCACACUCGUAAAACAAAUGAAAAUAAUUCACUCCGAUGGCUUUACGUCUAGUGAACUUCUUUCAUUUCGUCCGACAAUUCUCGACAAUCUUCUCUCAUCUAUGAAAUAUGCCCUCGCUGGAAUGGGAAUUCUUAGGAUUAAUCUGGAAUACCCUUCAAAUCGAAUCUAUGCCGAAAUUGUACUUUCAAAUCCAAGUUGUUUUGAUAUGGAAUUUCGUGUGAUAGAUAAAGUGCGUAUCGCACUCAAAGUACUAUGGAAAGAUCGUGGGGUGCGUUUAGUUGUUUCUCGAGGCUAUGAUUUUGAAUUAAACGAUUCAGCUUUAUAUUUAUUUGAAAAUAUGGAUCGAAUAUUGAGUGAAAAAUAUUCUCCAACAUCUACUGACGUUCUUCGGGCAAGAGUUCGGACAAAUGGUAUAAUAGAAACAAAUUUCUUUGUUAACGAUUCUGUAGUAAGCAUGUACGAUGUUGGUGGUCAGAGGUCACAGCGUCGUAAAUGGGUGUAUUGCUUUGAAGACAUCAGAGCUGUACUUUUUGUUGUAGCUCUUAGUGGCUACGAUAUGACUCUUCUUGAAGACAACACUGUAAACCGUCUUGUUGAGAGCCUUAAUUUAUUCGAACAAAUAAUUAACAACCGAUGGUUUAAAGAGGCUGCCUUUAUAUUGUUCCUCAACAAGCUGGACCUAUUUCGUGAAAAAAUUAUGUCAACCAAUAGACAUCUCCGCUUAUUUUAUCCAUCAUACAGAGGUCCAGAUCGAAGCAUUGAUCAAGCAGCUCUCUUUAUCCAAAGUGAAUUUCUCAAACGCAAUCACAAUGCACGUCGCGUUAUUUGCCCCCAUUUCACAACAGCAACCGAUACAGCCAAUGUUCAAACAGUAUUUCAUGUUGUCAUGGAGACGGUACUAAAAGAAAAUCUUGGAACUGUUGCUCUCCUUUAAAUGGUUGCAUUAAUAUCAAUUUUAUUUGAAUGCCAAAAUUGAAAAAUAUAUAUUGUUUCUAAGUGUCCUUAAAGCUACUAUUAAUCUUCCAUUUGAAAGAUCUUCCGUUUUCAUUUACAUACAUUUAUAUUUAAUUAAUUGAAGAAUUGUAACUAUUUUCUAGAUCUCAUUAAGAAUAAUGAUUUUGUGUAGCUUGUAGAUCAAAUAUAUUUUUCUAAAGCUAAAUAAUGUAAGUUAAUUCAUUAUUAUUAAUUUUUAGCUUAGAAAUUAUUUAUUUUAAUAAUAAUAUAAAAUAUUUUUUAUAUCACCUAGCAAAGGUUUUAAAUAAGUUCAUAAGAAAAACUGAUUUACAUGCA